AUGAGGAGGCUGCGGGCCCUGCCGUGCGCCGCCCUGCUCGGCGUCCUCUUGCCGGCCCUGCCGCGCGCCUUCGUGCCGGGGCUCCAGGCUCGGGCCGGCGCCGCUGGCGCGCCGGGCCGCAGGCUGCGGCCGCCUCGGGGCCUUCGGGGAGGAGUUCACGUGGGCAGGGCGGCUUCAGGCGCGGACGAAGGCGAAGAUGUAUCAGUUGACCGCAUCAUGCUCAAGGUGUACACGCCUGAGGGCGAGAACAUCCAGAUUCUAACCUCCCAAAUAGUGCUGCCAGGGGUUGAGGGGCAGCUCGGCAUUCUACGGGGCCACGCGCCCAUGCUGGCCCCUGUAACCACGGGCCUGGUCAGGUACAAGCGCCAGGGUAAGUGGAACCCCCUGGUGGUCUUCGGCGGCUACGCCUCGGUCGAGAGCAACAUUGUCACGAUCCUCUGCACCAACUGCGAGAAGGCCGCGGACGUCCCCGAGGCGAAAGAGGUCAAGGCGGCCCUUGAGAAGGCCACCGCUGAGCUCUCCGCCGCGAAGACGAGGAAAGACCGGCUGAGCGCCAUCGACAAGGUCCGAGCCGCUUCGGCGCGACUCCAGGCCACGGCCAUGCUGUCGGGCAGCGGGCGCGCCCCCUGA